ACGGGGACCGCGCUUCUCCGCCUGGACCCUGGAUCUGCCCCUCUGCGCGCCGCGCCCGCAGAGUCCUGGACUCAGACCCCGGCGGCCUCCGCCGAGAUUGCGGCCCCUGCGGCUAUGGCCGGAGCGUGCCGAGCAGCAGGGCAGCUACAGGUCUUGAUCCUGGACACCUGGCCCUUGGCAUAGCCUGGCCAUGGCGCUGUGCCUGAAGCAGGUGUUUGCCAAGGACAAGACGUUCAGGCCACGGAAGCGCUUCGAGCCGGGCACACAACGCUUUGAGCUGUACAAGAAGGCUCAGGCAUCUCUCAAGUCGGGCCUGGACCUGCGCAGCGUGGUGAGGCUGCCGCCUGGUGAGAACAUUGACGACUGGAUCGCUGUGCAUGUGGUGGACUUCUUCAACCGCAUCAACCUCAUCUAUGGCACCAUGGCUGAGCGAUGCAGUGAGACCAGCUGCCCGGUCAUGGCCGGAGGACCCCGUUAUGAAUAUCGCUGGCAGGACGAGCGCCAGUACCGGCGGCCAGCCAAACUCUCAGCACCACGCUAUAUGGCACUGCUCAUGGACUGGAUUGAGGGUCUCAUCAACGAUGAGGAUGUCUUUCCCACCCGUGUGGGAGUUCCCUUCCCCAAGAACUUCCAGCAGGUCUGCACCAAGAUCCUGACUCGGCUCUUCCGUGUCUUUGUCCAUGUCUACAUCCACCACUUUGACAGCAUCCUCAGCAUGGGUGCUGAGGCACAUGUCAACACCUGCUACAAGCAUUUCUACUACUUCAUCCGAGAGUUCAGCCUGGUGGACCAACGGGAGCUGGAGCCACUGAGGGAGAUGACAGAGAAGAUCUGUCACUGAGCCCAGUCACAGAUGUUGUUGCCCAUCAGAUGAACCGUCUGCACACAGAGCGGCAAAGAGAGGGAACCUUCAGGCAUCUGGUGGAAGAGGAACCGGAAGUCCUGGCACUCCACCAUACACCCAAAGCUCCCAGACUUCUAGUUGUCAGGAGUCAACUCAUAUGUCCCCCUGCCUGCUUAUGAAGGGAAGAGCUUAGAGGUGGGGAAAAAGAAGGAAAGAGGAUGUUUAACCUCUGACAUGAAGUCUGGGGGCAGGAAGGUUGGCUAGAAGAUGUCUCUUCUGAUACUUGACUUUUAUGGUGGUGCCCAAACCUGUAGAGGAAUGUGAAUGUGGCUGAGGUGAUAGCAUAAACAGUACAAGAGAGAACAACCUAUGUAUGAGUGAGCAGAGUGGUGUGUGUGUUGAGAGAGAUUAGGUGAGGUGUGUCUAUGAGCAUGUAAGCAGCUGUCUUGAGCCCUCCCUGGUAUACAUUAGACUUCCCAGAAAUAUUGGGUAAAUAAAUGUAUGAAUGUUAAGGAGAAGAGGGGGAGAGGGAGGGAGGGAUUGAGACCAUCAGACCAUGAUGACUAUAGGUGUGGUGACACAGAACAGUGUUCCUACUUAGUGUAUCUGACUGUGUGUGAGUGGACAAGCUGUGGUUGUAGUUGUCACUCUGAAUCAGUCUUCCAGGUUGCCAUUGUUUGUUGUCAUGUAUUCUGGGGAACAGGGGUGAGGUAGGAAGAAGAGCCUUUCCCAAAGUACUUAAACUCUUGACCCACCAUAGGUGAACACAGCUUCCACUCUGCUCAGCCAGAGAUGCCUAUGAGCUGCCAUUCCACUUAUCCUUCUGCCUCAAGGAAGGCUUGGUGAUAAUUAACCUCAGAGGUUUUUGAGUGGUCCCUCAUGUCCACAAAGAUCCCCUGGUUCUUUGAUUGGGAAUCAUGCUCCAAUCUAGCUCCCAAAAUCUAUAGACUUGGCUCCAAGGAUCUGAAGCCCUGUACUAGAUAAUCUUUCAACCCAAGGGACUAGUGGAAGUUGAAUUGGAAAGCUCCAGAGACAUGUCUUUCAGCCCAGGACAUUGAACUAGUGGAUGGGCUCUCUCUGGCCUGGAGAACCCUCUUCUGCAAAUCUCUCCCUCUUGACCUUCCCUGAGCCAUUCCAGCUGGGUGGAUAUCAGAGCCUAAUCUGUAGAGAAAAUUAGAUAUUCACUCAGCACUCCAUGUUCAGCCUUAUGUCCUGACCCAAAGGUGGGGAACUUGAGGCAAGGAUAGAACCCUCCUUUUCCAGAACCUCCAUACUAGGAGGCCAGGAUGAAGAGCUGGCAAGAACCCAAGAUUCAUCCGGUCUCACUCACAAGAGGAAGGAAACUGGAAUCAGGAGGAGAAAGAAACUUACCAAGACCUCAAAACAAGACUUUUGUGGAUCUGUAGUAGAAACAAGGGUCUGGACUCUUACCCCACAACCUAUGGAUUGUUACCUGGGGAGAUGAGAUACACAUGAAAAGCGAGCUUGACAGCAUCUCUCCAGAAAUAGUUGUUGCUACUCAGAGCAAAGAAACCUAGUCUUGACAUAAGAGUCUCCACUACCCCUCAGCUUGACCUCUGCUUGACUUGUCAAGAUUGCCACACCACUGACGCCAUUCCCUUCUUCAUGGCCCAGCAGCUGCCUCAUCCUUUGGGAAGGAGACAGGGUCCCUAGUACCAGCCAGCUGAACCUCAACCUGCUGCCUCCAGACAAGUUCCUGAGGGAAACACAACAGCCCAGCAGCUUUGCCAGAAACAUUCAAGUGUGGAGACUCAGAAGCCCCCUAGAGUAGACUCCUGAUUGGAGGAUAGAUAGACUUUAGACUGUGGCCAGUGCUAAUUGCAGAGGGAGAAGGGGUGGGUAGGUGGGUGGGAGAUCUAUUUUUGUGAAUCUGAAAACUGUUGUUUUUGUUUGUUUUGUUUUUAUAAAAUA